AUGGAUAACUUUGACGAUCAUCAAGAGCGGCAUGGUCGCGGAGCAAGUGUCAGCUCUCUUAUAGGUAUAAGCACCCCGUCUGAAUGUGACUUCUCUCUUCCAUUCGAAUCAAGUUUUGCAGAUCUAGGCCAUGGUUAUCUUAUAAACGAGGACAGAGUAUUUACAACUAGCCCCAAAUCGACAAGAAACUUUGGAAUCCUCGAUUCCAUACAAGACGUUAUCAAUGAAUUGAAGCAAGUGAAAAUCAACAAACUUCAGAAAUGUUCAAAAGAAGAGCAGAUAUCUAUUAAUUCGUUAACACCUCUUCACGUGGCUGCAGCUUUAGGAGAUGCACUUGCCGUUAGACGGCUGGUAAACGAAGCUGACUUUGACGUUGAUGCAAGCUCUACCGGUCAGCAAACGCCAAUUUUGAUGGCAUGCUCGUCGGGACAUAUUGAGGCUGUUCGUGUUUUAGUUCGUCUCGGCGCAGACGUGAACGCUCGUAAUGAUAAAGGGAUGACGUCAUUGAUUUUAGCUUCUAUUAAUAACGAUAAGACUGCAAUUCAUCUUCUUGUCAAACGAGGGGCAAAAGUGAAGGAGAGAAACCUCAAAGGCCAGACAGCACUCCAUUUUGCUGCGUACCAUGGAAGUAGUAUCGCUGUGAAGGAGCUUCUAGACAAAGGUAGUGACCCUGAAACAAAGACAAAUGAAGGUUGUACGCCCCUGCAUUUAGCUGUUCUAAAUGCGCAGCCAAACACUAUUGAGAAGUUAUUAGAAAGCGGAUGCGAUCUUGAAAGGAGAGACCACUGCGGAUAUACCUCAAUGCACUAUGCAGUGUUUUCUGGCAAGGCUCACAUAGCAAGGAUUCUUAUUGAGAGGGAAGCUGAUGUUAAUGCCAGAGAUGGUCAUGACUUCACUCCAUUACAUUUUACUGCUCAGACAAACUGCACUGAAGUGGCACAGGAACUCAUCAGACAAGGUGCUAGGGUAAAUGCCCACGCGAAAGAUGGCAUUACUCCUUUGAUGAUUGCAGCAUAUCAUGGCAAUGAAGGUGUCGGAGAUUUGCUGAUCAUCAAUGGUGCCAAGCUAAAUGCAAGACAUAAAUCUGGGAAGAGAGCUCUACAUUUUGCAUCAGUGAAAGGAAAUGUUGAGUUCGCCAAGUUUCUCAUUGUAAAAGGAGCUGAUGUCAAUGUUGUUGACACUACUGGGAACACGCCGUUGCAUCGUGCCUGUCAGACUGGACAAAACGGAACUGUAAAAGCGCUGUUAAACGCAACAGGUAAUGUAACGGCUAAGAAUGGCAAAGGAUUAACACCACUGAUGAUUGCUUCGAACUAUGGCCACCUGAAGUGCUGCAAGUACCUCAUUAAAGUUGGAUCUAAUUUAAAUGCUCGUCACCAGACCACUGGUAACACCAGUCUUCAUUUUGCAUCCGAAAGAGGGCAUAUACAAAUAGUAAAACUGUUAAUUGAGAAUGGCAGUGAGGUAUCAUUGAAAGACAAGUGGGGACUAACAGCAUUACAUCGAGCUUCAAAGAAUGGCUUUAAGGAUGUAGUCCAAUACUUGGUCUCAAGUAAAAGCGACCCUAAUUGUCAGGACGACUGGGGCUAUACACCUUUGCACAGAUCAGCUGAAAAUGGUUACACUGACACAACAGCAUUCCUUAUUAAACAUGGAUCCAGAGUAUCCAUUGAAGACAAAUGGAAGUUCACACCACUUCAUCGAUGUGCUAGUAAUGGCCAUACAGACACCGCCCGAGUAUUGGUGUUGCAUGAUAGCAACAUCCAAGCAAAAGAUUGCUGGGGAUAUACACCACUUCACAGAGCUGCGGAGAAAGGACAUACCAGCACAGCUAAACUUCUUAUAAGAAGUGGCAGUAGUGUCAAAGCGAUUGAUUUCCAAGGUUUCAGUCCAUUACAUCGUGCUUCACAAAAUGGACACAGAGAAACAACAGAGCUCUUGCUUAGUGAGGGCAGCGAAAUAAAUGCCAAGACACAUGCAUUAGUCUUGUCAUCGUCAAUAUUGAGAUCUGCAACCUCAGCAGAUUAUUCAGAAGAGAGCUGUCGCUUUGUUGGGCAUACUUCGUUGCAUCUAGCUUCUGAGAAUGGUCACAAAGAGACAGUGGAAUUGCUUUUAAAGGAAGGUGCUUACUUACAUUGUCUUGAUCAUUGGAAUUGUUCAGCUCUGCACAGAGCAUCCGAGAAUGGCCACGCGGGUGUCGUAAGCUACUUAAUUUUGCAGGGAAGCGAUAUUGACCACCUGGACAAAUGGGGAAACACGUCUUUGCAUCGAGCCGCGCAUAAUGGACAUACAAGUACUGUAGGGAUUCUGCUGGCACACAAUGCAAAUGCACACGCAGUGGACAAAACUGGCUCUAUCCCUUUACAUUGCGCAGCAAAAUAUGGCCAUAAAGACACAGUUCAGGCAUUGAUUGUUGAUGGGAAAAGUAAUAUUCAUACCAAAGAUCAAUGGGGAUACACCCCUAUGCAUCGCGCAGCACAAAAUGGGCACACCACAGUGGUAGAACGUCUCAUUCGUCAUGGAGGCAAUGUGAAAGACUUCAAUAAAGAGAAAUCAAACCCCCUGAUUCUUGCUGCUUAUGGCGGCUUCCAAGACACUUGUCGAGUUUUGAUCGACAAUGGGUGUUCCGUGAAUGAUUCUAUGGAGAAAGGACAUACAGCUCUUCAUCUUGCAGCGCAGAAUGGCCACACAGAAACCUGUGAGUUGAUAGCGACACACGGUGGAGAUGUACACGCCAAAGACUUUUGGGGAUUAACGCCUUUGCAUCGUGCAGCACAUAACAACCACAAAGAAACUAUUGAAGCUUUGUUAACAUACGGAAGUGACGUCACAGCUGCUGAUAGGUUUGAGUUUACUGCUCUACAACGUGCAGCUCAAAGGGGCCACAGAGAGUCUAUGGAGCUUCUUACAUCACAUACAGUUGUUCAGAUGAGGAGAAACACGAUUCAGCCGUCUACUGAUGGACAUGUUCAUUUUGGAAAGACAGAUUCUCAUUGUGACACCUGUCGAAUGAUUGGGCUCUAUACUAUAGGAGAAGAUUCAGAAGACGAUCAAAGCGCGAGGAGAAUCAGGCGGCAGAGGUUUCAGACCAUCUGA